GAAAGGUAAUAUCAGCCAAACGAACGGUCCACAAUCCAUCUUGACAUUAUCAACAACAAUCAACUAAAUCAACGGCAAAAACUAGAAGGACCAUACUAACUCCAAUGCACUGCGUUGCAUAGGAUACACUCAACCAGAAUACUAAGCGGUCCCUUUAGGAGCUGAUAUCACUGAGAGCGAACCAAAAGAGAGAGAGAAAGGAAAGAGUAGCGUUGAAACCUCACAGUCACCGGACUGUUCGCAAGCAUUAGCUCUUUACUUAGGGUAUGGAUUCAGAAGGGAAUGGGGAACAUGACACAUUGCCGCCUCCCCCACCUGUGUCACCAAAUGUUGUUCCGAUUCGGGCUGAGCCAGAACCACAGCAGCUCAAGAAGAAGCCAUUGCGCACCCCUAUUCCCAGAAAGGGUUUUGGUUCCAAGGGGCAAAAGAUACCUCUUCUUACUAAUCACUUCAAAGUGAAUGUCUCUGCUGUUGAUGGCCACUUUUAUCACUAUAGUAUCGCAAUUACUUUUGAAGAUGGCCGCCCUGUUGAUGGAAAGGGUGUGGGUAGGAAAGUUAUGGAAAAGGUGCAUGAGACUUAUAGUAGUGAGUUGGGUGGUAAAAACUUUGCUUACGAUGGUGAGAAGAGCCUGUUCACUGUUGGUGCUUUACCAAGCAACAAAGUUGACUAUGAUGUUGUGCUUGAGGACAUUUCAUCAAAUAGGAACAAUGGCAAUGCAAGCCCAGAUCACUUGGAUAGUGUCAAUGAGAAUGAUAGGAAGAGAUUAAGGCGGCCAUACCGAUCCAAGACCUACAGAGUUCAGAUAAGUUUUGCUGCUAAAAUUCCAAUGCAGGCUAUUGGAAAUGCUCUCCGUGGCCAGGAGUCGGAAAACUCACAGGAAGCCUUGAGGGUUCUGGAUAUCAUUCUGAGGCAGCAUGCAGCUAAACAAGGAUGCCUCCUUGUUCGUCAAUCUUUCUUCCACAACGAUCCAAAGAACUUUGCGGAUAUUGGAGGUGGUGUCCUUGGCUGCAGAGGGUUCCAUUCAAGUUUUAGAACCACUCAAGGAGGCUUGUCUCUGAAUAUUGAUGUGUCCACUACCAUGAUAAUUCAACCUGGUCCUGUGGUGGAUUUUCUGAUUGCCAACCAGAAUGUUAAGGAUCCAUAUUCACUUGAUUGGGCAAAGGCUAAACGUAUCCUCAAGAAUCUAAGGAUUACAGCAAGUCCAUCAAAUCAAGAGUACAAGAUUACUGGAUUGAGUGAGAAAUCCUGCAGAGAACAAAUGUUUGAAUUGAAGCAAAAAAAUGCAAAGGAGAAUGGUGAAGCCGAGAUACUUGAAGUCACUGUUUAUGAUUACUUUGUUAACUAUCGCAAGAUAGAUCUGCGAUAUUCUGCCGAUCUGCCAUGUAUUAAUGUUGGGAAGCCCAAGCGCCCAACCUAUAUUCCUCUUGAGCUCUGUUCAUUGGUGUCUCUGCAACGUUACACCAAAGCCCUUAACACACUUCAAAGAGCUUCACUAGUGGAGAAGUCAAGGCAGAAGCCACCUGAAAGGAUGAGUGUACUAUCCAACGCUUUGAGAAACAGCAAUUAUGAUUCUGAGCCGUUGCUUCGUUCAAGUGGGGUCUCAAUCAGUUCUAACUUUACUCUAGUGGAAGGUCGUGUUCUGCAGGCUCCAAGGUUGAAAUUUGGCAAUGGGGAAGAUUUCUCUCCUCGGAAUGGGCGAUGGAACUUGAACAACAAGAAAUUAGUAGAGCCAACUAAGAUUGAAAGAUGGGCUGUUGCAAAUUUCUCGGCACGAUGUGAUACUCGUAACCUAGUUCGGGAGUUGAUCAAAUGUGGACAAAUGAAAGGAAUUCACAUAGAUGAUCCCUUUGAUGUGUUUGAAGAAAACCCUCAGUUUAGGCGGGCCCCAGCUGUGGUGAGGGUGGAGAAAAUGUUUGAUGAGAUUCAGUCUAGGCUUCCUGGAGCUCCACAGUUCCUCCUUUGCUUACUUCCUGAGAGAAAAAAUUCAGAUAUUUAUGGUCCAUGGAAGCGAAAGAAUCUUGCUGAAUAUGGUAUAGUCACCCAGUGUAUUGCUCCAACAAGGGUUAAUGAUCAGUAUCUCACAAAUGUUCUUAUGAAGAUCAAUGCAAAGCUUGGUGGACUGAAUUCAUUGCUGUCAAUUGAACGCUCUCCUGCAAUGCCAAUGAUAUCCAAAGUUCCGACCAUCAUUCUUGGAAUGGAUGUCUCACAUGGCUCUCCUGGCCAGUCUGACAUACCAUCAAUUGCUGCGGUUGUCAGCUCAAGGCAGUGGCCAUUGAUUUCCCGUUAUAGGGCAUCUGUACGCACACAGUCACCUAAGGUUGAAAUGAUUGACUCCCUAUUCAAGAAAGUGUCUGACAAGGAAGAUGAGGGCAUUGUUAGGGAAUUGCUGCUGGAUUUCUACACAAGUUCUGGGAAAAGAAAGCCAGAUCAGAUAAUCAUAUUCAGGGAUGGUGUUAGCGAAUCACAAUUCAAUCAAGUUCUUAAUGUUGAACUUGAUCAAAUUAUUGAGGCAUGCAAGUUCCUGGAUGAAAACUGGUCUCCAAAGUUUUUGGUGAUUGUUGCCCAGAAGAACCAUCACACAAAAUUUUUCCAACAGGGAGCUCCUGAUAAUGUUCCACCUGGAACGGUUAUAGACAACAAAAUUUGUCACCCCCGGAACAAUGACUUCUAUCUCUGUGCACAUGCUGGAAUGAUUGGAACUACGAGGCCUACCCAUUAUCAUGUGCUACUGGAUGAGGUGGGCUUCUCUCCAGAUGACUUGCAAGAACUUGUCCAUUCUCUCUCCUAUGUGUAUCAGAGGAGCACCACUGCCAUUUCUGUUGUUGCCCCAAUAUGCUAUGCCCAUUUGGCAGCCACCCAGAUGAGUUCAUUUAUGAAGUUUGAAGAGUCAUCUGAGACUUCCUCAAGCCACGGUGGGAUGACGGCGCCUGGACCUGUUCCCGUCCCUCAGCUGCCUAGGCUGAAGGAUAAUGUUUGCAAUUUGAUGUUCUUUUGCUAGAGGCUUUACAGCCUGUUACCCCAAUGUGCAUGGACACGGUUUGUACAGCUUUAGUUUCGGGCACAAGCCACAUGACAUGAAAAAACCCUUUUGGGAAAACUCAGGUUCAGCAUUGGCCCUAGGAUGAGGCCUUUAUUUAGUUCAGAGGUGAUGCCCUGGUAGUGUGAUAUGCGUCACUUGUUUUGACUUAGCUCCUUUUUGGAGGUUAUAUACUCUUGACUUGUUAAGUUAACGUGGCUUGUUCUUUUGAUCGUCUCAUUUGCUUUUGCAGCAAUUUAUAGUUUCU